UCAAUAUAUAAAAUCGGCGAGGACCGCAAUCGAAAAUAUGAAAGAAACCGAGGUGUAGUUGAUGUUUUUAAAGCGUAAACUUGUAACAGGGCGAAUUUCUGGCGUCAAAAUCCCUUGUAAAAUAGAUGAUAGUGGUAAAAGGCGUCGCUAGGCAACAAAAAGGUCCACUACGUCCGUCGGUGGCGUCGGGACGGUGGAGUAUGGUGGAAAUAAUAAAUGGUUUUUUAUCGAUGGUGUAGUAAGGAAUAUGAAUGAAGUCCAAUUAUUUUAAUAUUCAGGUGGUAGCACUGUUCAUGUUAUCUCUGAUACCAUGGCCUGGGCCAACUGUAUUCAAAAUCUCGUGCCCGAGAGAUAACGCGAGAAUUGUCCGACGGAUAGUUCAGAACAAAUGGAUACCCAUAUUGGAGAAAUACAAAGUAAAACUGCCCCUGGAAUGCCCCUUUCAUCCGCAAAGGGACAUUUUCGGGCCGCAGCAAGCGGCCAAACAGCAGCACAGGCCUUCGCAAUGGACCUGCGGCAUAUGCGGGAAAUCCUUUUUUGAGGAGAAAUAUUUAGAUUUGCAUUUUGACAAUCGACAUAAAGGAUAUAUUAAUAUGGCUGAAGACGCUGUGUGCCUUGCAGAUUAUUGCGAUAUAAUGCGUUGCGACGUUCUUAUCACUCAAGAUCCGAAAACCGUGUUUCCCGACCUGGAAAACACCGACGUGGAAAUUUGGCGUGAAGCGACAUCCUACUCCAAAGCCCUAGCAACUUCCGGACCAAGAGACGUAGCAAAGUACACCUUCAAAAACGGGAACUACCCUCAUCUGCAGAAAAACGUGAAAGUGGUCGCGAAAGCAAAGAAAUCUUGUCAGAAAACGGAAGCGCCAGAUGCCGCAGCAAACAAUGAGGAACGCGGCUCGAAAGACGACGAGAAAUCCCAGCACAAUGCGAGCACUAACAACGUUUGUCAAAACGAUUUGGUGGACUCGGCUCUGCCUGCACCUGAUAACAGACAGCAACGAAUAGCGGAACUGCAAAAAUUAAAGGCCAACUGCAAGCCGGAAGAAUUGCAGAAGGUGAAAACGAAAUGCGAGAUCCUAGUGCGAGAUUGCAUCGCCAGUUUACUUUUACAAUUGUCAGUUAAGGAUUUUAAAGAAGUAGAAGACGAAUUAAAUAGAGCUGUGUGUUGGUACCUGACCUGCGAUAGAUAUUGGGAGGAUUCCCAAGCCGAUAUUCGAAGUUUCCCGUGGGGGCUUCUCUGUAUGAUUAUUAUGGUUAUGUCUUUGGGCAUUUGUUUAUGUUAUUACAUAAUUUGGGUUCUAUUUGAUACUGAUGACGUUAGUGUUACUAGUGCCAGUAUGACCGACAGGUCCACUCCGUCGCCGGCUCACUUAUUGAGGGGUGACGCCUCCACAUCGGACGGACAUCAGAUUUAUACCGAGGAUUAUUAUUUGGCACCUGAUAAAGAUAACGAAUAUAUUUAUGUCACUUACCCACCCGACCUAAAAAGAAGAUUACUGGAAAGUUGCUACAAUCGAACAACCCGCUUGUAAUAAUGGAAAUUUCCUAAAUAGAAGUCCGUCUUUUUCAAGCAUCCAACAGGCUAGUUUGUAGUUUAAUUUCAAGAGCUUUGUAUGCAAUAUUUUUACUUACCAUAAACCAAGAUAAUUAUUUCUUGACAAUGUACUGAGUUCUUGAAAUCUUAGAUUGUAGUUGGUAGA